AUCAAACCGGCGACCUGGCAAAUUGGCCCAAGAGGGCUCCCCGGCCCCUACUUCUCCUCCUCCCCGCCAGAAGACUCUCUGUGUCCGCCGUAUCCCCAGCGGCCGAGCCCUCCUCACAUGGCGUUGCUGCCCUCACCGACCAUCCCGACGCCCACCUCUCCCUCUUCUCCAAGCUGGGAUUCUCCGUUCUAUCCGCCUCAGGAACCGGACGAUCUGUUCACUGCUACUGCCUUCGGCGCUUCCUCUACCUCAGCCUCUUCCACUGGAACACCCUCGUCCAUAUGUGGUUCGGACUUGGCAACCCCGUCGGUGCACUAUACCUGUUCGAUGAUUUGCCUGAACGAAAUGUUUCUUCUUGGAACACCGCAAUCUCCGGAUGUGUCCGGCUGGGCCUCUUCGCCAAGGCUGUUGACUUGUUCCGACGGAUGAGAGGUGAAGGUAUCCUGCCCGAUGGGUUCGUACUUGCCAGCCUCUUGACUGCAUGUAAUCGGUGGAGGAACAUGUCUGGUCGAGGGAUUGAGAUUCAUUCGUUGGCGUUGAGACUCGGGUUGACCAGAGAUGUGUAUGUCGCAACUUCUCUGUUGCACUUGUAUGGUGGUUGUGGAAUGGUAUUUGAUGCUCGGAGACUGUUUGAAGAAAUGGAUGAGAGAAAUGUUGUGUCUUGGACGGCUUUGAUGGUGUGCUUUUCCGCGAAUGGGUAUCCUUGUGAAGCCCUGAGUGCUUAUCAGAAAAUGAGGCGAGAAGGUGUAGUGUGCAACCCAAAUUCUUUUGCUACAGUGAUCAGUUCAUGUGGGUUGCUCGGGGAAGAGAAACUGAGCCUCCAGAUUGUUGGGCAUGCUUUGGUUUGGGGAUUUGAGACUGAUGUUUCAGUGGCAAAUUCUCUGAUUACGCUGUUUGGCAAUCUGGGAAGAACAGGAGAUGCUGAAGCCAUAUUUCAUCGGAUGACGAAACGAGAUACCAUCUCAUGGAAUUCUAUGAUAACAUUGUAUUCUCACAAAGAGUCUUGUGAAGAAUCAUUGCAGUUGUUUUCUGAUAUGCGCCACCAUGGUCUGCUACCGGAUGCUACAACCUUAUCUAGUUUAAUCUCUGCAUGUGCUUGUUUAGAACACUUGGAAUGGGGAAGAGGUGUUCAUGCAUUAAGCAUUAUUGAUGGUCUGGAUUUGUUUGCUUCAGUUAGCAACACACUAAUUAACAUGUACUCGAUGUCAGGUAAGCACAAAGAGGCUGAACUGCUGUUUCGGCACAUGCAACAUCGGGAUCUAAUCUCAUGGAAUACAAUGAUCUCAGCCUAUACUCAGAGUGGGUUUUAUUAUGAUGCCUUAAGGCUUUUAAGACAUUUGCUUGAGAAUAAGAAAGAGAGGAACCAUGUGACCUUCGCUACCUCAGUGGCUGCAUGUUCAGGUCUUGAGUUCUUACUCAUUGGAAAGAUGAUUCAUACCCUUAUAAUUCAUCAUGGCCUUCAGGAAAAUUUGGUUGUAGGUAAUGCUUUAAUAACUAUGUAUAGUAAUUGCAAAUCUAUGACAGAAGCUCAGUGGGUUUUCCAUACAAUGCCCAGUUGUGAUGUAGUUACAUGUAACACACUUAUUGGAGGCCAUGUAGAGAACGAAGAACAAAUAGAGGCAAUGCAUGUGUUCACAUGGAUGAGAGAAGCUGGAGUGGAGGUAAACUAUAUCACCAUUGUCAAUAUUCUGGCAGCUUUCUCAAAUGUGCAUGAUCUGAAAUAUGGAAAGCCCCUGCAUGCUUACACAGUAUCAACUGGGUUAGAAUCUGAGGUGUACGUUAAGAACUCACUUCUUACAAUGUAUGCAAAGUGCGGUGACCUUGAUUCAAGUGUAUACAUCUUUGAUGGAUUGAAAAUUAAGACUGCAGUUUCGUGGAAUGCUAUGAUUGCAUCAAAAGCUCACAAUGGUCAAGGCGAGGAUGCUCUUAAGCUCUUUAUGGAGAUGCGGCAUGUUGGAAUAGAACUUGAUCAAUUCAGCCUCUCUGGGGGGCUUGCAGCUAGUGCAAGCUUGGCAUCCGUAGAGGAAGGGCAGCAAUUACAUGCCCUAGUCACCAAACUUGGUUUUGAGUCAGACCUUCAUGUGAUCAAUGCCAUUAUGGAUAUGUAUGGAAAAUGUGGGAAGAUGGAUGAUGUGCUAAAGACUCAUCCUAUGCCAAUGAAAAGAUCACAACAAUCAUGGAAUAUUCUCAUCUCAGCUUAUGCUAGACAUGGCCAGUUUGAGAAAGCUGAGGAUACUUUUAGAGAGAUGUUAGCAAUGGGACGGAAACCAGAUUAUGUAACCUUUGUAUCCCUUCUCUCGGCAUGUAAUCAUGCAGGGCUGGUGGACAAGGGUCUUGCUUAUUUUGAGUCAAUGAAUGUAGGGUUUGGCAUCUCACCAGGGUUGGAACACUGUGUUUGCAUGGUUGAUCUGUUGGGACGCUCAGGAAAACUUACUGAAGCUGUGCAGUUUAUUGAAGACAUGAACAUCUCCCCUAAUGAUGUCAUAUGGCGCAGUUUGUUGUCUUCAAGUAGAAUUCACAGAAACCUUGAUGUUGGUAAGAAAGCUGCCAUGUGUCUUCUUGAAUUGGAUCCUCUAGAUGAUUCAGCUUACGUUCUUCUAUCGAAUGUAUGUGCCGUUAAUGGAAAGUGGGAAGAUGUUGAUAGACUGAGAAGGAAGAUGGAGUCCAUCAACUUGAAAAAGAGACCAGCUUGCAGUUGGAUUAAGAUAAAGAACCAGGUUAACACAUUUGGCAUCGGUGAUAGGACACAUCCGCAGGCAAACCAAAUCUAUGCAAAGUUGGAAGAGAUGCUGCAAAUGAUCAAGAAACUGGGCUAUGUUGCCGACACCUCCUUUGUAUUGCAUGACACAGACGAGGAACAGAAGGAGCAGAACUUGUGGAGCCACAGUGAGAAGCUUGCCUUGGCUUAUGGUUUGAUGAAUCUUCCUCGAGAGUCAACAAUAACGGUAUUUAAGAAUCUCCGGGUUUGUGGGGAUUGCCACUUGGUUUACAAAUUGGUCAGCCAUGCCAUGAAUCAAUAUAUUGUGCUCAGGGAUCCUUAUAGGUUUCACCAUUUCGCAAACGGAGUGUGCUCCUGCUCAGAUUACUGGUAGCAAAUACACCACGCUGGAUACCGAUAGUUGAUACAAGAUCAAUUUUGUCAUACAAAGGGAGUGACAAUUUUGUCAGCAUGCAAGGCCGUAAUGACGAUAUUGGAUUCAAGUCAAGUUUGAAUUUGAGCUCAUGGAUAUCCAUCUUAUUUACAGAUUCCAUAGGCACUCACGAAUUGCGGCACUUGUUUAUCACUCAAAAGUGGAUAGUAUGUACAAUGUGUUUGUUCAAUUCAUUAUUAUCUCUUAUUUACUGAGAGCGUGUCUUAUGUAAAUGGGAGCCAACGGUGGUUGCCCAGUCAAUGAGGUGACCUCGUUUGACAGCAUAUGGUGUGUCAAUCAUGUCAACAACUUAAAGAGCCAUCAAAUUUGGGUGGAGUAAUUCACAAAUAAUUCAGAAUGGCAUGCUCGAGUUGGAGCGUCGAAACAAAUGGGAAAAAAAAUUAGCAUUUGAUCCAAGCGGUAACAUUGCUCUUGGAGUCAUAGGCCAAUUGAUAAGAUGGAAUCUUAAUAUCGAUUCGUCCUAGCUCCUAGUGCAUUUAGACCAUCCUUCUUCC